AGCCUUCGCACUCAGAUAGAGUUGUUUCGACGGCAAUUCAAAUCUUUCUCUCGCUCACUCUGAGUGCUUUUCAAGGCUUGCUUUUGCUUAUGUUUGGAGCGCCCAUGUAGCUUAGUUUUUCCGUAAUCUAGUUACCUGGUCUUUCCGCUCUACAACACGUAAAAAUAAACGUAGAGAAUUUUAAGUUUUUUUUACUAAAAUUAUUUUUCCAAUUCAAAGUGACAUAAUUUAUUUUCUAAUAAUAUUUUGGAUAAGUGAAAAUUCAAUUCAAAGUGACAUAAUUUAUUUUCUAAUAAUAUUUUGGAUAAGUGAAAGUUCAAUUCAAAGUGACAUAAUUUAUUUUCUAAUAAUAUUUUGGAUAAGUGAAAAUUUGGCAUCCGGCAAAGCUAUCGCGAUCUGGAACUGUGCUCGCUGUGGUAACGCAAGAAUUUUGCGAUUCUGCCAAAACUUGCUGACUGAUUCGAUUCCGAGCUGGCCAAAGGAGCGGGGGACGGGGUCCUUCAACUGCAUAAGAUAGUGGACUGUACAGCAUUGGUCGUCAAAAUGUAAUCAAAAGCGCAGGCUUUUCAAUUGAACAGUGGAGACAGAGCUGAGCUAUUAAACAAUAGUUUGGAAAAGGACCACAUCACCGAGGUUGCAGUCAGCAGUAUCUUGCAAAUAGUUCCAAUGCCAGAGAUUCAAUUCGGCAGUCUCUUGCAAAUGUCUCCCAACAUGGAGGUGGUAGAAAGAUAUGAGCUAGAAGGUCCCUCUUCGAAGGUUCUGUCUUAAUCCACUGAGACGCUGCAAGGUGGCAUCGACAUGAAUCCAUCACAAGAUGGCAUUGGACGACUACUAUACCACCUGACCCCAGUUCCAGUCCAGUCUGCUGCGAGAGCACAACGACGGAGAGCUGUGUCUACUACGACAAAAGAAUGGACUACGAAACACACCGCAUCUUGGAAACAAGGAUACAAACACACUGAGCGACAAAUGCCACUGAAGAAGGGACUGGACACGUGUGGCUGAUAGUCCGAAUGUUGGGAUGACUAUCAACAAUCUACACCCUAUUUUGGCCCCGACCCUGUUCGGUGAUCUCGUUUUGAGGGUCGACAAUGUUGACCUUGAAAAAUGUGCUGAAGGAGCAGCUCUUUUCCGUUCAGUUUCUGGAGGUGCACCCUGCACCGUUGUACUAUGAUAUUUCGCCACUUAGAGCGUCCCGCGGAAGUGCAACGUCUUACCGAUUUGAAGGAUGUGGUCAAGAGCCAAAGAGAACGCUUCAUGAGCGCCAUAUUGAACAACACCGAAGUGAACAAUCUCAAUGAGCUGUUGUCCUUUGAGCUGGCCAAAUAUGAAGCGGCUGUUCAAAAGGCGGCCGAAGGGGGCCUGCUUAUAGUCGCCGAUAAAGACUUCCCAGAGCCCUACGAGCGAUGGAGCAUACUGCAGGCUGUGUUCUUCUCAUCGACUGUGUUAACCACCAUAGGAUAUGGCAACAUCGUGCCAGUGACUACCGGCGGACGGGUAUUCUGCAUUUGCUUUGCCCUCAUCGGCAUACCCUUCACGCUGACGGUGAUAGCCGACUGGGGUCGGCUCUUUGCCACCGCCGUCUCAGUGUUUGGAAAACAUAUGCCCACCAAGCCAAAGUUUACCAAUUUCAUAGGAAAGACCUGGUUCUACGCCAUUCUGGCUGUUGGCUUCUUGGGUGUCUAUCUGGCCGCCGGUGCGGGUCUGCUCCUGCUCUGGGAAGAUGAUUGGACCUUCUUCGAUGGCUUCUACUUUUGCUUCAUUACCAUGACCACCAUUGGGUUCGGAGACCUGGUGCCAAAGAAACCCAACUAUAUGCUGCUCUGUACUCUGUACAUUCUCAUUGGCCUGGCCUUGACAUCGACGAUUAUCGAGCUGGUGAGGCGUCAGUAUGCCACCAGUUGGGCAAAGUUGCAGGAGCUUUCCGGUCCCAUGGCGGAGACUUUGCGUCGCUUGGGUGAGACAGCCGGCACGGGUCUGGACUAUGCAGCGCUCCAAAAAGUCUUGACCGUUUCCAUGCCAAAGUGGAACAGCAAGAAGAACGACCACAGCCCGGAUAUUGCUGCGCUUGAGGCUAUCACCAAUGCCAUUCUAAAAGAGGUGAAGGAGGCACAAAAUAAUAAGCCCAAGGUUCUGCAAAUCGUCAUCUACGAGUCCUCUGUCUAAGGAGGAACUAAACAGCGACCGAUAUAGACACAGACUUACAGAAUAAGAGAUGGCUGGAGAGAGAGCUUCCACCAAUAAUUUACAGCAUAAUCUUCGGGCCACAGCAAAAAUAUCAGAAAAUAUCACAGUUACGAUUAGUUAGGCUUGAAUUGAGUUGAAGGUUGAGGGUUGCCAUUGGUGACAGUGGGCACUAGCUAAAGCGUACCACUGCCAGACUUCCAUAAGUUAAUGUCUGUACAUAUAGCUAUUAUAUAGUCAAAUGUCUAGGCAAUAAUAUUGCUCAUACGUACUGAGAUCACAGCAUACAUACUUACAUACUAUAAUUAAUUAUUUAUUUAAAGGCGGGGCAAGUGAUUCAAUAUAUAUUAAUAAAUACAUACGCAUACACUAUAUAUAGAUAUAAAUAUUUUUUUGUUUAAUGUUAACCAUUAGCUUAAGUUAUCAAUAACAUUAUUAGUACCUCUUGUCCAUGUGAUGUAUAAAUGUCAUCUCUA